AUUUUAUUUAAGUUUAUAUUUGAAUAUAUGUUUACUUUUAAAAUAAAAGCUUUUUUUCUCGCAAUAUAGGUUAUGAACCCAUAAAAGUUGGUGUUAAAAUUGGCAGAAUUAAGUCUAUAUAUUCCAACAUGAUAAAAUUCAAUAUAUUAUUAUCGAUAUUCAUAUGCGUUAAUGCGCAGCAAGAUAUAGUAACACCAAAGCCACCCGAUCUUUCACAUUUGGUACCCCCUAUCAAAGUUUACCCCGAAUGUGGUACUAGCAAGUCUUGCUUCCGGUCCCCGGCCGGAUGCCUUAGCGAGGACGAAUGCGACCGGAUUCUAACUUACAAGCCCUCCAACAGUUACCACCACAACGAAGUCGAUUUCGAACUGAUGAGCAAAGUAGAUUCGAAUAACGCCUGGGCCGGAACCGCCUUCUCCAAGACGAACACUCUGAGCGAUUCCUCCCUAGUCUUAUGCGUUUACAAUAGCAUGACGGGUCAAGUCGAAGUCGCCAACUACUACAAUCCACCGGAUGCCGAGAUAACCGAGAAAUUGCCCAAUUCCGAAAAAGACGGCUUACGGAACAUGAGCGGAACGCUCUUACCGGACCGUAUAAGGUGCCGAUUUUCGAAAGGCGUGGAAGGUAGCACGAAAGAUAGCAGGGUUUUCCCGUUAGCUGGUAACAAGUACCAUUUGGGGAUGCUUUGGGGAAAAGCUUUGCACGGCACUCCCUUCAGGCACACUAGCGAACCUCUCAUGACCGCUGAAGCGCUCCCGCUGACCGUCGAAAGCGCCCACGAAUAUAUUUAUCCGAGAGUCCCUAUCGUCUACAAACUGCAUACUAUCCUGUUUUUGAUAGCUUGGGUGGGAUUCAUAAGCUUCGCCAUCAUCAUAUCCAGGUACUUUCGGACCAUGUGGCCCGGCAAAUACUACUUCGGAGAGCCUAUUUGGUUUGGGUGGCACAGAAUAUGCUACGUUCUAGCCAUAUGCUGCCUCAUACCAGCGUUCAUCUUAGUUUUCAUCUAUCUACUUAAUUGGACCCAGAAUCAAUUCGAUUUUCCACGGGGAACACUCGCCUUGGGCAUCAUAGCCACCCUACUAGCCAUGUGCAUACCCAUACUUAGCCUGUUCAGGUGCAACCCGAAUAGCAAAUCCAGACCUAUUUACAACUGGAUCGUAUGGAUCGUGGAAACCAUAGCCCUUUUGUUAGCACAGAUUUACAUAUUCCUGCUGUUCAGUUUGCCUAAGAUGGUGGGCACUAGACGUUUUCACAUAGAUUGGAUCAUGAUAGCGUUCAUAAUAGUGUUUGUCAUCACGGAACUGAUACUGGAAAUUCACGCUUGUUGCAUAACCGAUAAAGAUCAAAGAACUUCUCCUCUGGUGGAAUUGCCGCCCCAUAAAUAUUACGCGCGAAAUCCCAAAGGUUCGGCUUUCAAGAUGGCGGUACUAACUUUCUACACCAUCAUUUCUACUAUCCUCUUAUUGGCUAUGAUUAUCUUGAUCGCCGUGGCUUAGAAAGGAAAGGAAGAACAAAAAAAACGCGUUAUCAUGUUAACACUUUGGCUUUACGCACGCAUUUUUAUACGCUUUAUUACUUAUAAAUACCUUUUUUUUUAAACAUUUUGUUUUAUAUCUCAAAAUAUAAAUCAUAUGUCAGCUGUUAUUUUUUUUUAAAAAAGUUCUUCGAACGUUCACUAACACUUUUGUGAAAAUAAAACUGUUUCUAACUUUUAAUUCCCAGAUUUUCAGGAAAAAUGAGUAUUGGUGUUUAAAUCAUGACCUCGAAAUAACAAGUCUUGAAAAAGCCACAAAUAAAUUUUUUUUUUUAAAUAUUCAUUUUGACCUUACCCCCCCCCCCCUUCCUCUCUCACCUAUUAAAUUUUAUCAUCCCCCCUCCGCCAUUUUAUUUUCUUUAU